GCAGCCGGCAGAGCCGCGGAGUGACACCGAGUUGUGAGAAGGGAGCAGUGCGGCGCGUUAGUCCCGCCGGUCUUUCACCGCAAGUAUCAGAGAGCAAAGGAAGGAAGCGGGUCCCCGCGUGAUGCUCCGCUUGAGACCGCCACAUUCCGUUUAAGAGACGUCUCAGAGGGGGGAGAUUGUAGCCUUUGUCAAGGCGAGGUAUUUUUGAGAUAAUUCACCGUGAGGGGCUGACACCUCUCAAGCCGUGCAUCACCUGAGAGGAGAGCGAGACUGACUGCGCCAACAUGGGGUAUGGGCGGUCAGACAGUUACCGCGUUGCCACCACACAGGACAAAGAUGACCGAUCCCCCAAGAAGAAGAAGGGGGCGGGAACCAAGGACAUGGAUGACCUGAAGAAGGAAGUGCCCAUCACGGAACAUAAAAUGUCCGUGGAGGAAGUCUGCAGAAAAUAUCAGACUGACAUUGUCCAGGGACUCACCAAUGCCAAGGCAGCAGAGUUUCUGAUCAGGGACGGUCCCAAUGCCCUCACUCCUCCGCCCACCACCCCAGAGUGGGUCAAAUUCUGCCGCCAGCUGUUUGGUGGGUUCUCCAUCCUGCUGUGGACCGGCGCCAUCCUCUGCUUUCUGGCUUACGCCAUCCAGGCAGCGACCGAGGAGGAUCCUGCAGGCGACAAUUUGUACCUGGGUAUCGUGCUCACAGCUGUCGUCAUCAUCACUGGCUGCUUCUCUUACUUCCAAGAGGCCAAGAGCUCCAAAAUCAUGGAGUCUUUCAAGAACAUGGUGCCUCAGCAAGCGUUGGUGAUCCGUGAAGGCGAGAAAGUACAGAUCAACGCUGAAGAAGUGGUUGCUGGAGACUUGAUUGAAGUGAAAGGAGGAGACAGGAUCCCUGCUGACAUCAGGGUGGUGUCGGCUCAUGGCUGCAAGGUGGAUAACUCUUCCCUGACCGGAGAGUCAGAGCCUCAGAGCAGGUCACCUGACUGCACCCAUGACAACCCCUUGGAGACCCGAAACGUCGCUUUCUUUUCUACCAACUGUGUUGAAGGCACAGCCCGGGGCAUCGUCAUCUGCACCGGAGACCGCACAGUCAUGGGUCGCAUUGCUACUCUGACCUCUGGCCUGGAGACCGGCAAGACACCCAUCGCCAAGGAGAUCGAGCACUUCAUCCACAUCAUCACUGGCGUGGCCGUCUUCCUGGGGGUCACCUUUUUCAUCCUGGCCCUCAUCCUGGGCUACACCUGGCUGGAGGCCGUCAUCUUCCUCAUCGGCAUCAUUGUGGCUAAUGUGCCUGAAGGGCUGCUGGCCACAGUCACUGUGUGUUUGACCCUGACUGCCAAGCGUAUGGCGAAGAAGAACUGCUUGGUGAAGAACUUGGAGGCUGUGGAAACACUGGGCUCCACCUCCACCAUCUGCUCUGACAAGACAGGCACUCUGACCCAGAACAGGAUGACAGUGGCCCACAUGUGGUUUGACAACCAGAUCCACGAGGCCGACACCACCGAGGACCAGUCGGGCGCCUCCUUUGACAAGAGCUCAGUGACGUGGCUGGCUCUGGCUCGUAUCGCCGCUCUGUGCAACCGUGCGCAGUUCAAAGCGGGACAGGACUCCAUGCCCAUCCUGAAGCGCGACGUGGCCGGCGACGCCUCGGAGUCCGCCCUGCUGAAGUGUAUCGAACUUUCCUGCGGCUCAGUCCGGCUGAUGAGGGAUAAGAACAAGAAGGUGGCCGAGAUCCCGUUUAACUCCACCAACAAAUACCAGCUAUCAGUGCAUGAAACAGAAGACCCCAAUGAUAACCGCUACCUGCUGGUGAUGAAGGGCGCCCCAGAGAGGAUCCUGGACCGCUGCUCCACAAUCAUGCUGCAGGGCAAAGAGCAGCCUAUGGAUGAGGAGAUGAAGGAAGCUUUCCAGAAUGCCUACAUGGAGCUGGGAGGCCUGGGAGAGAGAGUCUUAGGUUUCUGCCACUUGAUGCUGCCAGAGGACCAGUACCCGAAGGGCUUUGCCUUCGACACAGAUGAUGUUAACUUCCAGACAGACAACCUGUGCUUUGUUGGUCUCAUGUCCAUGAUUGAUCCUCCUCGUGCUGCUGUGCCUGACGCUGUGGGGAAAUGCCGAUCUGCUGGUAUCAAGGUCAUUAUGGUCACUGGUGAUCACCCAAUCACAGCCAAAGCUAUUGCCAAGGGAGUGGGCAUCAUCUCAGAGGGCAACGAGACUGUGGAAGACAUCGCUGCUCGCCUCAACAUCCCAGUCAGCCAAGUGAACCCCAGGGAUGCCAAGGCCUGUGUGAUUCAUGGCACAGACCUGAAGGACCUCUCUCAGGAUCAGAUGGACGACAUCCUGAGGAAUCACACAGAGAUCGUGUUUGCCAGGACUUCCCCGCAGCAGAAGCUCAUCAUUGUAGAGGGCUGUCAGAGACAGGGCGCCAUUGUCGCUGUGACAGGUGACGGUGUGAAUGACUCUCCCGCGCUGAAGAAGGCCGACAUCGGGGUUGCUAUGGGAAUCUCGGGCUCCGAUGUGUCCAAACAGGCUGCGGACAUGAUCUUGUUGGAUGACAACUUUGCUUCCAUUGUCACUGGAGUGGAGGAAGGUCGCUUAAUCUUUGAUAACCUUAAGAAAUCUAUUGCCUACACCCUAACCAGCAACAUCCCAGAGAUCACCCCCUUCCUCCUCUUCAUCAUCGUCAACAUUCCCCUGCCACUGGGAACCAUCACCAUCCUCUGUAUUGACCUGGGAACCGACAUGGUUCCAGCCAUUUCUCUGGCUUACGAAGCAGCUGAGAGCGACAUCAUGAAGCGUCAGCCCAGGAACCCAUUCAGGGACAAGCUGGUGAAUGAGAGGCUUAUCAGCAUUGCCUAUGGACAAAUCGGUAUGAUCCAGGCUCUGGGAGGUUUCUUCUCCUACUUUGUCAUCUUGGCUGAAAAUGGUUUCCUGCCAUCCAGACUAGUCGGUAUCAGGCUCAGUUGGGACGACCGCUCCAACAACGACCUGGAAGACAGCUACGGCCAGGAGUGGACGUAUGAGCAGAGGAAGAUUGUGGAGUUCACAUGUCACACAGCCUUCUUUGUCAGUAUCGUGGUGGUGCAGUGGGCGGAUGUCAUCAUCUGCAAGACCAGACGUAACUCUGUGUUCCAGCAGGGCAUGAAGAACAAGAUCUUGAUCUUUGGCCUGUUUGAAGAGACGGCCCUGGCUGCCUUCCUGUCCUACUGCCCGGGCAUGGACGUGGCACUCAGGAUGUAUCCACUAAAGCCUACUUGGUGGUUUUGUGCAUUCCCUUAUAGUUUUCUCAUCUUUGUUUAUGAUGAAGUUCGAAAACUUAUCCUCCGCCGAAACCCUGGAGGUUGGGUGGAGAAGGAGACAUACUAUUGAUCAAUGGAGCGUCACUGCUCAAGCCCCUUACAUCUUUCACUUAUUUCUCCCCGCUGUCACUCCAUCUCCACACCUCCAGAUGCCCCGCCCCCCUAAAGACAAAAACCGCUUUGAAGCAAUUUUCAUCACUCAACUGCCCCAAAGAUUAAAAACAGCAAAAGCACCUUUACAACUUUCUACAUCGACCUGCCCCCCCUUUCUCCCCACCUCCUAUGAUACUCUUUGCAUGUGUUCUCUCACUGCUGUGUACAUAAACCAAUAUAUCUACCAAACGGCAGCUGCAUAUUGUGUAUGUAGAUCUGAAUGAGCUAAAGAUACAAAGGGAGUGUCUAUGCUCUGCAAAAAAGGGCCAUCCAGCUCCCUCCUGUCCCUGUCCCCGUCCCGCCCCCUCCGCUCUGUCCUCUUGUCUUUCUGUACACCUUCGUUGCCCUCUCCUUUCCCCUUUCUCGCCAACCCUUUGCUUGUCCUCCAAUCACACACAGAUAUAAAGAUCACACAGUGAGAUCCCACCGCCGACACCACUUCGACUGCCACCUCUCGCCUCCGUCUCCUGUCUGUGGAGGACCAGCGGAGUGGACACCUCCCUGACGUUCUCACUGCGUCCAUCGUCCUUCGAUUCCGUUCCCAACGGCCACAGUGUUGUUGUUUUUUAAUAUGUGGGGUAGGAGGGGGGGGUUUUGAUGAUUUUACUUGUCUUUUUUUUUUUUGUUUUUUUUUUUUGUAAUUAUUUCUGAGGUGGGAGGGGAGGUGUGUGAGAGCUGCUUUUCCUCAUUUAGGUCUAACAAAGCACACCCCAUGGCGUCCUGUGCCCCGCCCCGCUCCUCCUGUUGGUCUCUCACGGCCCUCCUCUCCCUCCCUCCUGCCCCGUUUGUCUCUGUUUGUGUGCACUGUGUGAACCAUUGACCUUGUUAAUAACUAUUACAGUACACCCCCCAAGGUGGUAAAUACAACUCAAUCUUUCUGUGUGCUCUAGGAAAUCUAUAUAAUUCUAUACUGAAUUUAAAUGAAACAAUAAAAAAAAAAAAGAAAAACACAUGUUGAAAAACAGCUCAAGAGAGACAUUCAUGGAGACCAUCGACAAUACUGGUGAGAUAGGAAGAAGCGAGCGAUGUCUGUCUCUCUUUUUGUAUUUUCUUUGGUUUCAAUUAUUUUUUUUUGUUUGUUUUUUUGUUUUGUUUUUGCUGGUUUUUCUGGAGGCUAUUUAAAGCAAAGCAGGGUUUUAGGUUGUGUUUAUACCAAAAGACGCAAGACACCAACCAAGGCUUUCAGGUUCCUGUCACUGCAGGUGAAUGGGUAUGACGUGGUGCAGUGUGCCGUGAUGUGGUGAGUGGUGACCAUGAGUCCACGUGCCCGGGGGGGGGUCUCUUACCGGAUCGGACCCGGGCCCGGCUCGCUCCGGGUCCGGGUGCUGACCAGUCUGCCCUCCCGCACCCCCGGGGUCUGUGUGCAUGUAUGUGUUGGAGACCAGUGAAGGGCCCGCAGUCUCAGGCUGGGUCGAUCUCCGAUGGCUAAAAGGGUUGAGAUCCAAGAGAAAAAAAA